AUGCUUGGACUACUGCUUGUGCUGCUACUGGGGGUGCAUGUCCUGGCAGUGUGCCCCUCCAUGUGCUCCUGCAGCUCCAGUCAUAGGGAGGUUGACUGUUCCUGGAAGGGUCUGAGACUGCUUCCGGAUGGGCUGCAACACAACCUCCACUCCCUCAACAUAUCCCACAAUCGACUGCACAAUCUGGACGGUCAGCUAACAGUGUAUGCCCACCUCCGCAUCCUGGAUUUGUCUCACAACCGGCUGGCGUAUCUGCCCACUGGGCUGCCCCGUUCUCUCUGGCGGCUUUAUGCGGGUGCAAACCGUAUCCGGCUGCUAGAUAAGAAUGAUACCGCCUAUCAGUGGAACCUGCGACUUCUGGAGCUGUCCAACAACAAGUUGGAGCGGGUUGUCUUUAUCAACAACACCUUAUCCAACCUGCGCGUGCUCAACCUCAACCACAACCGCUUCUGGACAGUGCCCACCAACAUGCCUGUGCACCUGGAGACUGUAGACCUGUCUCACAACACCCUGGUACAGGUGCUGCCAGACUCUCUGGACCGGCUUCCCCGACUCACUCACUUCUACCUGCAUUCUAAUCGCUUUUCUAUGCUGCCUUUUGGUGCUUUGGACAGGCUGGCAGGGCUUAAGGUCAUCUCCCUAGGGGACAACCCUUGGGCCUGCCACCUCCACUCCAACAUCACCUACUUACUGUCCUGGAUCCAGCGUACCCCAGCCCGCAUCCUAGGCUGUCCCUGCCACACUCAGCCUAUCUGUGGGGAGGCACGCCCUGGUAGGACUGGGGGGUGGCACUUUGCAUCCUACGACCAGCCACCUCUGGCAGCUGGUGCCCGGGACCUGAGUUCGAUACCGCCGGAAAGCAGUUCCACUGGCUGGUGGUAUGUGUCUGAGCUGAACACCCAAUAUACCACGAGGGAGAGCUUAACAACACAGCAGCACUCCUUUGCAACCACUCCUGUCAGACUCACUACCCUACCACUCGACACCACAGACAACCAUAUGAUUGAAGAGGACCUUUCGACCAAGACAAAGCCAUCUGCUAUGGCUCACAGGUUCCCAACAGACUCCCUGUCUAUUGCCAGCACAAUCUUCAUCACAGACAAAGCAGUGAGCAACAACUCCCAAUACAUGACUGACACACCCCCUGUUACUGAAACACCCAUGAUGCCUGAUGUGACUAUGGCCACAGUCCAGUUCUUCACCUCUGAGAGUGUUUCUGCUGGUACAAGGAAGACUGCCACACUCCGCACCAGAAGUGUGAGGAGGCCCAAGCAGUCACCUCCUGAUGGAGCCCACAACAGCAGCCCAGCACUCACUACUUCCUUCUCGCUCCCUUUCAUUCAGGCCCUGUGGUCACUUACUCCCACUCGAAGUGUCCCUUAA